AUGAGCGAGAACGAAAAAUCGAGUCAGAUCGACAAGGGUGCGGGCGACAUCUCGUCUAAUUCCGACCUCGGACCCUUGGUCGACCCUGACGCUGGCUUAUCCGAGGCAGAAAGGAAGGAAGUGGAGCGCAAGCUUUUAUGGAGGCUGGAUCUUGCGCUUAUACCAUGGCUCUGUCUACUCUACCUUAUUUGCUUCCUGGAUCGCACCAACAUUGGUAAUGCCAAGAUUGCUCAUCUCGAAAAGGACCUUGGCAUGGACCCCAAAUCCAUGAAAUAUGCUGCCACCCUCAUCAUAUUUUUCGUCUCCUACGCCCUGUUUGAAGCCCUCGCCAAUUUUCUGCUCAAGAGAUGGCGACCUUCCAAGUUUAUUCCAACCAUCAUGAUAAUCUGGGGAUUGUGUAUGCUUGGCAUGGGCUUUGUGAAAAACUGGUCCGGGCUCAUGGCAGCCCGAUGGUUUCUUGGGGUUGCUGAAGCCGGCUUAUUUCCAGGAGUCAACUACUACUUGUCAUGCUGGUACAAACGAAAUGAGUUUGGCGUGCGCGCCGCCAUCUUCUUCUCGGCCGCUGCGUUGGCUGGGUCCUUUGGUGGCCUUCUGGCAGCCGCGAUUCAGAAGAUGGAUGGACUGCGAGGGAUCGCGGGCUGGGCGUGGAUCUUCAUCAUCGAGGGCGCCCUCACCAUGGCGGUCGGCUUUUUCUCUUUCUUCAUGGUCCACGACUUUCCGGAUGAAGCCAAGUUCCUGACAACCGAGGAUCGCGCCCGAGUUCUGCUUCGACUGCGGAACGACAAGCAGCACUCUGCCCAACACGAGGAAUUUAGGUGGGACUACGUGUGGGCGGCUGUCACGGACUGGAAGACGUACGUCGGGAUGCUCAUCUACAUGGGCCCGCUGAUGCCACUGUAUUCCUUCAGUGUCUUCUUGCCUACCAUCAUCCAGUCCAUGAGCUUCACGUCGUCGGACCAAAUCGUCAGAAACCAGCUCUUGAGCGUUCCGCCCUAUGCUGCAGCGGCUGUCCUGACCGUGCUGGUUGGGUUCUGGUCGGACAGGUCUCAGAGGCGCGGCGUCUUCAUAAUGGGCUGCGCGGUCGUCGGAGUAGUCGGGUUCGUGAUGCUCAUAGCGAGCACCAACGCCGCGGUACAGUACGCAGGCACCUUUUUCGGCGCCAUGGGCAUCUACCCCCCCAUAUCCUUGACGAUUGCGUGGGUCGCAAACAAUGUCGAGGGUGUCUACAAGCGAGGCAUGGUCCUGGCCUUUGUCAUUGGCUGGGGCAACCUGAAUGGCGUGGUGAGCAGCGUCAUAUACCGGUGGCCACCCCGCUACUUCCAAGGCCACGGAACCAUCAUUGCGUAUCUGGUCGUGUGCAUGUUUGGAGGCUCCCUGCUGUUCACGACCUUGCUCAGGAUGGAGAACAAGAAGCGACGCAAUGGCGAGCGAGACCACUGGAUCGAGGGGAAAAGCGAAGCCGACAUCCAGGCUCUCGGCGACAAGCGACCGGAUUUCCUCUACACCAUUUAG